UAUUUUCACUAAUUAAAUGGAUUUUAUUAAGGAAUCAAAUUUACGAGUACAUGGCAACAACGGAUUUGGCUGCAAAUUGUUAUUGGUGAAGAGAAUAAUUAAUUCGACCGUUUUUUUAUUUGUCCACAAAUCCUCCUAAUUUCAGUUAUUUUUCUGUUCCAAUGGUGGCGGGAAUUUCAGGAAAAAAAAAAAAACGAAAACAAAACGAGAGCGCUGAGAAGUGAACCAGAAAAAAAUGAACUGCACUGCCUCCAAUCAUCUGCUCUUCACGACCAGCCCAAAUCUCACUCUCAGAGGCGACCGCUCACCAAAGCAAUUGCUAUUCUUCUUCUGCAAAAUCCCAACUCCCUCUCCCAACGGUAACAUUCCACAAACAUACCAUACUCGCCAAAACUCAGUGUGCGGACGAGUUCAUUCACCACAUUUCUGCUCUUCUCAAGAUCCCAUUGAGAAAAAGACACAUGCCAUCACCGAAAUAUUCGUUCUAUUUGUAUUCUCUCUGACGCUUCUCUGCAUCCGCCUUCUCUCCAAUGCGCUUCUGCCCGAUUUUCCUCAGCGUUGGCGCAGUCUCGUGGCCUUUUCGGAAGAAGCUGAGGCCAGGGUCAGUGCUUAUCCUUCACAUUUGUGGAAAGCCAUUGUGGCUUAUGAGGAUCGGAGAUUCUUUAGCCAUUUUGGAGUCGACCCAGUUGGGAUUGCUCGUGCCGCGCUGUCCUUAUCGGCUCUCGGGGGCGGCAGCACCAUUACUCAACAGGUGGCUAUGUUCAACCCCGGUGCUCAACAGAAGAACUUCUAUUUGUGUAUCAUUCAUGUAGCGUCUGGUGCCAUCAUCUGGUCUGCUAAUCGUGAUGCUCCUGUCUCAAAUUAUGGUAAGAUGAAUCUAACAAUCAAUGGGAUUACUGUCACUGAUCAAGGUGGCAGUGUCAAAUGGGGGACACCUCCUUUAAAAUCAUCAGUUUCAGCAUUGUUGCUAGCUGAAACUGGUAAUCUUAUAUUGCUCGAUCAGUUCAAUGGUUCUCUUUGGCAGAGUUUUGAUUAUCCGACUGACACAAUUGUGAUCGGGCAACGUUUACCUGUUGGAACUUCAUUAUCCGGUGCUCUAUCAGAUAAUGACUUGUCAACCAGUGAUUACAGGUUUGUAGUUAGUACUUCUAAUGCGAUAAUGCAAUGGCAUGGAUUGACAUAUUGGAAACUGUCAAUGGACACCAGUGCUUACAAGAACUCGAAUUAUCUAGUGGAGUACAUGGCAAUGAACCAAACCGGUCUUUUUCUGUUUGGUCGAAAUGGAUCAGUUGUUGUAAUUCAGAUGGAUUUGUCUCCAUCUGAUUUUCGAAUUGCCAAGUUGGAUGCAUCUGGCCAAUUCAUCAUUAGUACCCUUUCUGGUACUGUGUUGAAGCAAGAAUAUGUUGGACCAAAAGAUGCUUGUCGAAUUCCAUUCAUCUGUGGCAGACUUGGUCUGUGUACUGACGACACUGCAUCAAAUUCCCCUGUCUGUUCUUGUCCAUCUGGCUUCCGCGCUGAUCCAAAAAGUGUGACUAAUUGUGUGCCAAGCGAUAGUUCGUAUUCUUUGCCAUCUCCUUGUAAUUUAACCAAUAGUGUCAGUCAAUCAAAUUUGUCGGUUGUUUCAUAUCUGAUGCUUGCCUAUGGUGUGGAGUACUUUGCCAAUAAUUUUUGGGAGCCAGUUCAAUAUGGUGUGAAUUUGUCGGUCUGUGAAAAUCUCUGUUCAGGGGACUGUUCUUGCUUGGGAAUAUUCCAUGAAAAUUCUUCUGGUUCUUGUUAUUUGGUUGAAAAUGUGUUGGGAUCCCUUAUUUCAAGCUCCACAAAUGAAAAUGUUCAGUUGGGCUGCAUCAAAGUUCUGGUUGGGUCUUCACCAAAUAUGGAUGGUAACAACAGUUCUAGUAAUCAAAGUCAGGAAUUUCCAAUAGCUGCUCUUGUACUCUUACCUUCAACUGGGUUCUUCCUGUUUGUUGCACUAGGAUUUCUCUGGUGGAGAAGGUGGGGAUUCUCCAAGAACAGGGACCUAAAAUUAGGCCACUCAAGCUCGCCUUCUUCUGAAGACCUGGAUGCCUUCUCCAUUCCAGGCUUACCUAUAAGGUUUGAAUAUGAAGAGAUUGAGGCAGCAACUGAUAAUUUCAAGACCCAAAUUGGGUCAGGUGGGUUUGGUGCCGUUUACAAGGGUAUAAUGCCUGAUAAAACCCUUGUGGCAGUAAAGAAGAUAACCAAUUUGGGUGUCCAAGGGAAAAAGGAGUUCUGCACUGAGAUUGCAGUUAUUGGAAAUAUCCACCAUGUCAAUUUGGUCAAAUUGAAAGGGUUUUGUGCCAAGGGGAGGCAGCGGCUAUUGGUUUAUGAGUAUAUGAAUCGUAGCUCAUUAGACCGGACUCUCUUCUCUAAUGGACCUGUUUUAGAAUGGCAAGAGAGGGUUGAUAUAGCUCUUGGAACAGCACGUGGGCUUGCAUACCUGCACAGUGGGUGUGAACAUAAGAUCAUCCAUUGUGAUGUUAAGCCUGAGAACAUUCUCUUGCAUGAUAAUUUCCAGGCAAAGAUAUCUGAUUUUGGGCUCUCGAAGUUGUUAAGUCCUGAAGAGUCCACUCUAUUCACAACAAUGAGAGGCACUCGUGGCUAUCUUGCACCAGAGUGGCUUACUAGCUCUGCAAUCUCAGACAAAACAGAUGUUUAUAGUUUUGGAAUGGUUCUGCUUGAACUUGUGAGUGGAAGGAAGAACUGCUCAUUAAGAACACAAAGCCAUAGCAUUGAUGAUGGAAGUAGUGGUGGUGGCCACUCUUCAUUGUUGUCUGGGUCAGAACCUGUGUACUUCCCACUAUUUGCAUUGGAGAUGCAUGAGCAAGGGAGGUAUUUGGAGCUUGCUGAUCCCAGGCUAGAGGGGCGGGUGACAAGCGAAGAGGUGGAGAAGUUAGUUCUUGUGGCUUUGUGUUGUGUUCAUGAGGAGCCAACACUGAGGCCAUGUAUGGUUAGUGUUGUUGGCAUGUUAGAAGGUGGGAUAACUUUAAGUCAGCCAAGAACAGAAUCUUUAAAUUUCCUGCGCUUUUAUGGACGGCGAUUCACUGAGGCUUCCAUGGUAGAAGAGACUGAUGGGCAACAGACUGUUGUGUUGUAUCCACAAGCAAAUGCUUCUCUUACAAGCAUUAGCGGUUCACACACUUCCUUCUCUUACAUCUCAUCACAGCAGAUCUCAGGCCCAAGAUAGUGUUGAAUAUCCGAGGUUUUCAUGGCUAGUGUAUAGUUUGUUGUCUAUGAGUGGAGAGCCUCAAAACAUAUGCAACUCAAAAUCCCACUGCACACUUCAUUCUCUUAGUAGGAACUCUACUAAAUGAAUGCUUCUUAUGUCACGUUACAAAAUCCAAGGUUGAAUUGUUGUGGGUUGUGUGGCUUGUGCAACGUGUUUAUUUGGAAUCACUAUUUAGAUUUUAUUGUAACAAUUUAGAUGUCCAUCCAUACUUUGUAAUUUUUUUUAUCAUAAUUUGAUUUUGUGAUUCUCAUAUCUUCCUACAAUAUAUGAGAUUGUGCUAAAACAUUGAUGUCUAUGUGAUUUAUUAAGUGUUUAUUGUGAGUGGCUGGCCAUAUAGUGUAUAUGUUUUUGGCACUCCAUUGAAUAACAUGUUCUUUGCUAUUUUUAACUC